AGCAAACUUGCUAGCUAUUGAGUUUUGUCCAAAGAUAGCUUUACUCUGCUUAAUAUAUUAGAUAUAUGGGUGAUCUCAGUUUCUGAAAGAUUUUGUUAUCCAACUUGAUACAGUCCUCAGAGUGAUAACUAUGGUUUGUUUAGUAAUGGUUCAAAGAAGUCAGCUGUUCCUACUGCUUGUUUUCAUCAUAUUUUCAGCUAUAGCAGCCGAGACAGAAAAUCAAGACUAUGUUGCUUUGCUUUCUCUCAAGAGUAUGUGGCAGAAUACACCACCCAAUUGGGUGGGUCCGGAUCCUUGUGGCAAGGGAUGGGAAGGAAUUGGGUGCACAAAUUCACGUGUAACCUCCAUAAUGUUAUCAAGCAUUGGUUUGACAGGCUCGCUGUCUGGAGAUUUCGUAAUGUUAUCUGAAUUAAAGACUCUGGAUCUAUCUUACAACAAGGGCCUGACAGGACCAAUCCCACGAUCAAUUGGGAAUUUGAAGAAACUAUUGAACUUAAUCCUAGUUGGUUGCAGCUUCUCAGGUCCUAUUCCUGACACAAUAGGAUCUCUACAGCAGCUACUCUAUCUAUCUCUGAAUUCUAAUCACUUUAGUGGACAGAUUCCGCCUUCCAUUGGUAAUCUAUCCAGUCUUCUUUGGCUUGAUCUAACUGACAACCAGCUUAAUGGACCCAUUCCAAUCUCUGAUGGGAUCACACCUGGUCUUGAUAUGCUACUUAAUGCCAGGCACUUUCAUCUUGGACAGAAUCAUCUUUCAGGAACGAUCCCACCUCAGCUUUUCAGCUCAAAAAUGACCCUGAUACAUGUGCUUUUGGAUGGCAACCAACUGACUGGCAGCAUUCCUUCCACCCUUGGACUUGUGCAAGCCUUGGAGGUGCUGCGCAUUGAUGGGAAUGCAUUAAGUGGACCUGUGCCUUCAAACUUCAACAAUCUUACAAAUCUUAUUCAGAUGUUCUUGUCCAACAAUGAACUGACUGGUCCUUUGCCCAACCUUACUAGCAUGAACCUCCUCAGCUACGUGGAUAUCAGCAAUAAUACCUUUGAUGGAUCAGAUGUUCCUCCAUGGUUCCCAACCUUACAAUCUUUGACAACAUUAAUAAUGGAAAACACAACACUUCAAGGACAAAUUCCAGUUGCCCUAUUCAGCUUACCCCAUCUACAGACUGUGGUAUUAAAGAAAAACCAACUCAAUGGCUCCUUGGUUAUUGGCACCACCCAUAGCAACCAACUCAAACUCAUCGAUUUGCAGCUCAAUUCUAUUUCUGACUUAGAAGGAAAGGAAGCAUACAAUGGUACAUUGAAACUGGAGGACAACCCAAUCUGUGGGGUGAAAGGAAAUCUAAAUAGUUACUGCACAGUUUCCCUCUCCAAUGCCUCAUAUUCGACACAAAAAGUUGAUUGCGAGCCUGUUCCCUGCAAUUCAGAUCAGAUUUCAAGCCCCUACUGUAGGUGUGCCUAUCCUUACACAGGAAGCCUCUUCUUCGAAGCUCUAUCCUUCUCAGACUUGGGGAACAAUACUUACUACAACAUACUUGAGGAAUCUCUCAUGUAUUCUUUUCACUCCCAUCAACUUCCUGUGGAUUCAGUCUCUCUAACUCUGAGUAAUCCCAUUACGGCUUCAUCGGAGUACCUUGAAGUGAAGUUAAAAGUCUUUCCUUAUGGCCAAGUUUGUUUCAAUCUAACGGGAAUUUCUAGUAUUGGGUUCAUGCUUAGCAACCAGACUUUCAAGCCUCCACCACCUUUUGGACCUUUCUAUUUUAUCGGUGAUAAGUAUGAGAAAUUUACAGAAUCAAAAAAGUCAUCAAGAAGUAGUAUUGUGAUUGAAGUUGUAGUUGGCGGUUCCAUUCUGCUGCUGGUAAUACUCCUUGCAGGGGUUUAUGUUCUCCAUAAAAAGAAAAGAGCAGAAAGAGCAAUUGAACACACCAGUCACUUUUCAGCACAAUUGGACCAAAGCAAUAUGGGUGGUAGUGUUAUUAAGGUAAAAGGUGUGGGAUGGUUUUCCCUUAAAGAACUUGAGAAAUACACCAAUCAUUUUUCAAUAGCCAAUGAGAUUGGAUCAGGCGGCUAUGGGAAGGUUUAUCAAGGUUCUCUUCCUACUGGGCAACUGAUUGCCAUUAAACGUUCUAAAAAAGAAUCUAUGCAGGGAGGGCUUCAGUUCAAAACUGAGAUUGAACUUUUAUCAAGAGUGCAUCAUAAGAAUCUUGUCAGCCUUGUGGGGUUUUGUUUUGAGAAAGGUGAACAAAUUCUGGUGUAUGAGUAUGUUUCAAAUGGUAGUCUAAAGGAUAGUCUUUCAGGGAAGUCAAGGAUCAGGUUGGAUUGGAUGAGGAGACUUAGAGUGGCCCUUGGUGCAGCCAGAGGUCUAGCCUAUCUUCAUGAAUUUGCCAAUCCUCCUAUUAUACAUAGGGAUAUAAAAUCAAACAACAUCCUCCUGGAUGAGUCAUUAAAUGCUAAAGUUUCUGAUUUUGGACUCUCCAAGCCAAUUGAUGACAGUGAAGGAAGUCAUGUUAUCACUCAAGUUAAAGGGACAAUGGGCUACAUGGAUCCAGAAUAUUACAUGACCCAUAAGUUGACCGAGAAAAGUGAUGUAUAUAGCUUUGGAGUGCUAAUGUUGGAGUUGUUAACAGCAAGAAAGCCAAUAGAGCAUGGGAAAUAUAUUGUGAGAGAGGUUCAGGAGACAAUGGAUAAGACAAAAGAUUUAUACAAUCUUCAUGAAUUUCUUGACCCAGCCAUUGGUUUAGGAACAACCCUAAAAGGUUUAGGAAAGUUUGUGGAUCUGGCAAUGAGGUGUGUGAAAGAACCUGGAUCCGAUAGGCCUAUGAUGGUUGAGGUGGUUAAAGAGAUUGAAAACAUUAUGGAGCUCGCUGGUGUAAAUCCCGAUGCUAAUUUCACAUCCACUUCUGCAAGUUACGAGGAGACAAGUAAGGGGAAUUCCCCCAAUCCAGGCUAUCCUUAUCGUUGAGGCACUUGUUUUAUAGUGGAUUAUACCUUCCAAGAGAGCCCUAUUCCAAAUUUCAUUCCAAUCAAAUGAUCCACAACUGCCAAUAUAAAGAAAUGAAAUGGGGUUUUUCCAAACAUCGUAAAAGUGAGAUUUAUUUUUUUCAUUUAUUCGAAUAAAAUAUUCUGAUCUACUUUGUGUAGAAUAUCCAAUUAGUAUUGCACAUCCUAAUGCUUGUGUUCAUAUAGUAAGUUACCAGAACCGUGUUUAUGAUGGUACUUUUUUAUUUGUGUAUGGAGGGUGGGGGGGUUGAAACAGAAUCUUAGGUCGUCAAACUUGCAUAGAUUCGAAGGGAGGAGCAAAAAUGACGAGAAUUUAAAAUAUUUUGCAGAAUUUCAUGUGAGGCUAGUCAUCUUAUACUACACUUUUGAUUUCUAUGCUAUGUAUGCAAUUCAACAAUACUUUUGCAAAGAGAAAAUAUGUACAGUUUCCUAUUUCAAUUGAGAUAAUUGUAGAGUUUUUUUGGCUGUCUUAAUUA